AUGUUGGGGAAACUUAUUAGCACACAGAGACUGACUCAGAAUUAUACCUUUCGUCACUAUCAGCCUCGUGCUACUGAAUUCAAUCAACGAAUUUCAUGGACGACUGUUAUCUCCGAACUGGCUUCAGAUGGCGAGAAUUCAGAGAGAGCUUUAGGAGAAGCUGCUCAUCUGUUUCGCUCUGGGUUAAAGCCCGAUGAUUAUGGUUUUGUCCAUCUAACCCGUGCUUGUGCCAAUGGCGGUCGGUUUUCGAACGGCGUACAGCUCCACAGUCUCAUUCUGAAAUCUGGAAUCGACUCCAAUCUCUUCGUCUCUACAGCUUUGGUUGAUUUUUACGUCAAGCACCAACAGUUGGACGAUGCUCAUCAAAUGUUCGACGAAAUGCGUGACCAGAGCGUGGUGACUUGGAACACUCUAAUUUCAGGUUACGUUCGUUCCGGGCAGUUCCGCAGAGCCUUGAAUCUGUUUGUUCAUCUGGAAAAGUCGAAUAUUUCUGCCGAUUCGUAUUCGUUCACUGCAGCUUUGUCUGCCUGUGGGCAGCUGAGAUUAGUGCAGUUUGGAAGAUCAUUGCAUUCCAAGGUUGUGAAGCAUGGCGUGGACUGCAGUGUUUACAUUUCUAAUUGCUUGAUCGACAUGUAUGGAAAAUGUGGGUACGGAUCCAUGGCCAUGGAAGUUUUCGAAGAAAUGGCUGAGAAGGACAUUAUUUCUUGGAAUUCAAUCCUCGCAGCCCAUUGUAGAAAUGGGGAUCUUGAACAGGCGUUUGCUAUAUUUCGUCGGAUCCCGGACCCCGACACGAUCUCGUACAAUGAGGUCAUCGAUGGUGUCGCCCGGUUCGGAGUGUUGGAAGAUGCUGUUGGCUUUUUGUUGCGAAUGCCAAGCCCGAAUUCGUCUUCUUGGAAUGCAAUAAUUACAGGAUAUGUAAACAGGGGCCGGGGAAGAGAUGCUGUCGAGAUCUUCACCAGAAUGCGAGCGAGUAGAGUUCAUACGGAUGAGUUCACGUUUUCGAGUAUACUGAGUGGCAUUGCCGGAUUAUCCAAUAUUACCUUAGGAAUUUCAAUGCAUUGUUGCGUGAUCAAGUGUGGUUUGGACAGCCACGUUGUUGUGGGGAGCGCUCUCGUCGACAUGUACUUUAAAUGCGGGAAGGUGGAGGAAGCCAAGAGGCUGUUCCAAUGGCUGCCGGAGAAGAAUUUAGUCACCUGGAAUGCUGUGAUCUGCGGGUACGCGCACAAUGGCAAUUCGAAGCGGGCAUUAGAGCUCUUCGAGCAGAUGAAAACAACACUCGGCUUGCAGCCAGAUGAAAUCACUUUCCUCAAUGUUAUAUCGGCGUGUUGGCACAGUAGGCUGCCUCUAAAGACAGCGCACGUGUACCUUAGAAUGAUGAUCGAUGACUACUGGAUGGAUCCCAUGCCGGAGCAUUGUUCGUUGAUGAUAAAGAUCAUGGGGCAAGAGGGGGAUGUGACCAAGGCAGUGAAGAUGAUUACGGAUUUGGGAUUCGAUUCUUGUGGGAUCGUUUGGAAGGCUUUGCUCGGAGCUUGUGGGACGAGCGGGAGCGUGGAGGUGGCCGAGUUGGCUGCUGGGAAGGUGAUGGAGUUGGAGGGUGAUGAUGAGUAUGUAUACGUGAUGCUGUCGAAUAUUUAUGCCAGCCAUGGAAGAUGGGAAGAGGCGAGCUGCGCUAGGAGGAUGAUGAACGAAAGGAAAGUUCGGAAAGAAGUCGCUUACAGCCUGCAGUCAAUCAAAGAUGCAAAAGAACAUAAUGCGUCGCUAUUCAGGGCGAACUCAAAAUCCUGUUUAAGACAUUGCAAUGAAGGAAUGGCAAAUUCAAAAUUAAACAUUUUGCAAUUUGGGGAAGGGAAAAACCAGCUCUGA